AUGGGUUUUCAUAUACAAAAUUAUAUUGCAAUGAUGGGUAGAGGCAUAAAUCCUAAAACAUGGAGGAAGUUAUGGAUAAACUACAAAAAUAAACAAAUAACACAUUUAUAUAAUGAUGUAGCUCAAUUUACUAACAAUCAAAUAGCUCAAGUUGUUAGAGUUUAUCAGUAUAGAUAUUGGUGGUGGGCAAACCCUUUUGGUAUGGGUUUAAUAUUUUACUUAGGAUACAAAGCUUGGUAUAUGAUUUAUAUGAAUCAUAAACAGAGAAAAGUUGCUCAAGUUGUUGCAUCAGCAUAUGGUCAAGGUGGUCAAUGGCUUAAUCCUGUUCCAAAAUAA